AUGCCAAAGAAGGGGACUAAAUCUAAGAAGAAGGAGGUGGACGAUGUGCCCAAUCAACAAGAAAAUAAGCUUCCAGACUACCUGGAGCUCCAGCGCACACGCGUUGUCUGCAAUGAUGAUGCCCCCAUUUAUGUACACACAUUUAUAUGCCACUCUUCUUUAAUGGCUUUUCAUUUGUUGAUCAUGAUCACCUUCAUCACUUUAGCUUUGCACAUGUUUCCUUGUGAAAUUGUCUGUUUGACUCAAGGUUACCAACACUCGGGUACAUUUGCUGCUAUGGGAGUUGAUAAUAGCGUGUCAGUGGAGAAGUUUUGCAAGAACUUCAAAAUCGAAAUAAAUCGUCUCACUGAAGAUGAUAUGGAGUUCGAUAUGAUUGGUAUUGAUGCAUCAAUAGCUAAUGCUUUCCGGAGAAUCCUUAUCGCAGAGGUUCCUACUAUGGCAAUUGAGAAAGUCUUCAUGGUUGACAACACCUCAGUUAUAGCAGAUGAGGUUCUUUCACAUAGACUAGGACUUAUACCACUUGAUGCAGAUCCAAGACUCUUUGAUUAUAUCUCAGAAAACGAUGUCCCAAAUGAAAGGAAUACUAUUGUUUAUAAACUGCAUGUUUCAUGUCCAAAGGGUUCUCAACGAAUUACAGUGAAAUCAAGUGAACUAGAGUGGUUACCAGAAGGUAGCCAAUUAAGCAUGUCAGCCCCUGCACACUCUGGGGACAAACAGAAGACUUUCACUUCCUUCAGUCAAAGCCAAAAGGAGAUCUUAGAAAAGCCUCUUGGUGUGAAGUUUAAAGAUAUUACUAUUGCCAGGCUUGGGCCAGGACAGGCUAUUGAAUUCGAGGCACAUGCUGUUAAGGGAGUUGGGAAAGUUCAUGCCAAGUGGUCUCCAGUUGCGACGGCCUGGUACAGAAUGCUCCCUGAGGUUGUUAUUCUUGAAGAAAUUAAAGGUGGAAAGAGGGCAGUUGUUGCAAAGCCAAGGGCAUGCACACUCUGUAGAGAAUGUAUCAGGCCUGAAGAGUCGGAAGAGUCCACCGAGGGCGCGUCCGAAGCCCAGGAGUCAUCUGCGCCCUGGAAGCAAAUCGAGCUACGGCGUGUUAGAGACCACUUCAUAUUCACCAUUGAGUCCACCGGAAGUCUGCGCCCGGAGGUGCUGUUCACAGAAGCCGUGAAGAUUUUGGAAGAGAAGUGCGAGAGGGUCAUAUCUGAGCUAUCCUGA